AUCUUUUUUAUCAAUUCAAGUUCGUUGCCGGCCAUUACCAUUCCCUAAUUUAACCAUUAUCUGUCUCUUCCUUUUGUUUUUUCUUAACCACAUUGCCAAAAUUUUGUAACCUUCUCUCCCGGAGGCGGCAAGAGCGAGAAGGACUCUGUUUAGCGCGUGAGGAAGGGAUAUAGAGAGAGUGAUAAAGCGCGGUAAGACCGAACUUUGGCGGUUCCGCGGCUCUACGUCGUCGGUAGGUCGAGUCGUCCUGGAGCUCGCCCGUUGUUUCUCGACGGCAGAGGUGGAAGAAAGCGACCAAAGAGCCAUGGACAUUGGCGGUCCAACCAAUGUCCGUCACGUGGCUCACGUUACCUUUGAUCGCUUCAAUGGUUUCCUCGGUCUUCCCUCUGAGUUCGAGCCUGAUGUCCCCAGAAAAGCUCCUAGUGCAAGUGCAACAGUGUUUGGGGUAUCCACGGAGUCAAUGCAGUUAUCGUAUGAUUCGAGAGGGAACUGUGUUCCUGUGAUACUGUUGCUAUUACAGAGCAGGCUAUAUGAUCAAGGAGGCUUACAGGUAGAAGGAAUAUUCAGAAUCACAGGAGAUAACAGCGAGGAAGAGUAUGUAAGAGAGCAGCUUAAUAAAGGGCUCAUACCAGAUGGCAUCGAUGUUCAUUGUUUAGCCGGACUCAUUAAGGCUUGGUUCAGAGAGCUGCCGAGAGGGGUACUUGAUCCUCUGCCAUCGGAGCAAGUGAUGCAGUGUGAGUCAGAAGAGGACUUUGUCAAGGUUGUGAGACUCUUACCUCAGAAUGAAGCUUCUCUUCUCAAUUGGGCCAUCAAUCUCAUGGCUGAUGUUGUUCAGUUUGAGCAUGUUAACAAGAUGAAUUCUCGUAACCUUGCUUUAGUCUUUGCACCCAACAUGUCUCAGAUGGCAGACCCUUUAACUGCAUUGAUGUAUGCGGUACAAGUGAUGAAGCUUCUCAAGAGCCUCACAGAGAAAACUGCCAGAGAAAGGGAAACCUCGUCUUCUGCGGUUGAGAGAAGAGGCAACAAUGAAGUGGAAGUUAGCGACAAGGAAGAGGACAGUGAAGAAGAAGAAGAAGAUGGUGUGCACAUAAAUAACGAGGAAGAAGCGCCAGAGAGAAUAGGUGUGGCUGCUGAUGAACACUUGUUUGGAAGCAUGAAGAGUGAGUUUCAGGGAUCUAGUACUUCGGAUUCAAAGGAUCAUGAUGGAGCUGUGCCGCCACCCAUUCGCACGAACCCUAUAGGAAGCUAGUGAAAUCUGAUGUUUCUUUUAAUAGCUGUUUUGUGUGUUUGGAUGCUUUAUUGUAUUGCAUAUGUAACUUCUAAGAAAUGUAGUUUGCUGUUGAAUGUUGAUAUGAUAUGAGAUUAACUUGA